AGCUAGUAGAAUAAAACAGAGAGGCUUAGGGUUGUCCACACAUAGAAAUUGAGAGAAAAGAAGAGUGCUGUGAAAGAUUUUGAGAUUGCUUUUGAUUUCUGGUUUUGGUUUUCUUCUUCUGUUAAUUCCCCCCUCUAUUAAUCCCCGCUUCUCUGAAUCCCUUUCUGUUAAUCAUCUGUCUUUCAGGUUCUAUUUUUUGGGUUUGUUUUUCAGAAAAUUUUAUAAACAAAUGAGUAGAAAGCAAACUUAAGAAGGGUUUCUCGAAGGCCAGGUGAUUUCAGAAUCGAGAUCCAGGCUUUUUCAUUUUAAUUUCCCGAAGUUUUUUUCGUUGUUUUCUUUUUAUUUUUCAUAGCUGAAUCAGCUUGGAGGGUUAUUUUUUGGUCCCUCAAGGUUGGUUUUUUAGGCCUUUGAAUCGAAAAGGGGUUGUAUAUUUCUAAACCUCUUUGAUCUUUUCUUUCUAAUCUUUCUUUCUAAAGGAACCAGCUAUUCUUUAAUUUGCUUAAGAAGCAGGUGGUGCUUUUUAUUUUAAUCUUGAUUUUUAAGAAUUUUAGUUGAGAAAUUUAGCUUGAGAAGGCAUGGCAGCUACAAUGGAUUUCUACAGUAGCAGACAUCUUCAAUCAGACCCCUUUGGGGGUGAGCUAAUGCAAGCACUUGAGCCUUUUAUGAGAAGUGCUUCCUCUUCAACAACCCCUUCUCCUUCUCCUUCUCCUUCUCCUUCUACUCCUUCUAUUUCCUCUUCUUUACCUCCCCUUCCCUCAACUUCGUAUUCUCCUCAUGAUUACCUUUCUUUUUCCUCUUCUUCUUCUUCUUCUUCUCCUUCUCCUUCUCCUCCUGAUUUUCAACAGCAUGCUUUUUUGUAUCCUGAUGGUUGCUCUACAUCGUCUGCCUUUCCAUUUUCAACCGGGUUCUCGAUGCAUGACCCCACUGGUUUUCAGCAACCUAGUUCAAUCGGGCUUAGUCACCUUACUCCUUCCCAGAUUCAUCAGAUCCAGACUCAGGUUCACCUCCAGAACCAAAAUGGCUUCCCUUUCCAGGAUUAUCAUGUUCAGAACCAGCAUACCCUCAACUUUUUAGGUCCCAAACCCAUCCCCAUGAAGCAAGUUGGUUCACCACCAAAACCCACCAAGCUCUACAGAGGAGUGAGGCAGCGGCAUUGGGGCAAAUGGGUGGCCGAGAUUAGACUUCCCAAGAACCGGACCCGACUCUGGCUCGGUACUUUCGACACAGCCGAGGAGGCGGCCUUAGCUUAUGACAAGGCGGCUUACAAGCUUCGAGGUGAUUUCGCAAGGCUCAACUUCCCUAACCUCCGUCACCAGGGUUCUCACAUCAAAGGCAAGUUCGGCGAGUACAAGCCUCUCCAUUCCUCAGUUGACGCGAAGCUGCAAGCUAUCUGUCAAAGCUUAGCGGAAUCGCAGAAACAAGGAGGAAAAGCUGAGAAGCAGUCAAACUCGUCGUCUACCAAGAAGAAAGCCCAGGUGGGGAUGACCGUGCAGGCGGCUAAGGAAGCUGAGUUUCAGCAGAAAUCUACUCUGGACAAGUGUUGCAAGGUUGAGACACCGUCUCCUGUAUUGACUGAGAGCGAGGGUUCAGGCGGAUCUUCUCCUCUCUCAGAUCUCACGUUUCCGGAUUUUGAAGAGGCACCGUUGGAUGUUGAUUCUGGGAAUUUCAAUUUGGAGAAGUACCCAUCUUAUGAAAUUGAUUGGGCUUCUCUUCUAUCCUAGAUUUAUCAUGUUAUCUAUGUCAGUUGAUUAGUUCUUUCGUGUUCAGAAUUUUAGGGAUUUGGUUGCUGCAAUGAAGUUUUUGGCAGUUGCAGAGCCAAGGUUGUCAAGGUCUUGGGUAGAGUGUCAUUGUUAGGAUAAAUAAUGUUUAUGUUCAUGUAAAUCUGCCUCCAUGGAUAGCUGUAUUUUUAUUUCCUGCUUAAACAUGGAGAAUUUGUACUUCUUGGUGUUCAUAUUGGUCUUGUACUUGUGUUCUGUUGUUAGCAUCCUCUUAUUAUCUUUUCUUAUGUAUAAUUCAACUGUCUUUUGUUGUGAUC